UCAUCAGACAAAAAGCGUUUAAUCACAUUACUGUGUUGUAUUUCCCUUGUCAGACUUCACCAUCUUCUUAGCAGACUACCCAAAGAAUGAGAAAGACCAAAAACACCUCGCUGGACACCGUGGUGACAGAGUUCAUUCUCCUGGGCUUGUCUCACCCACCUCAUCUAAGAACCCUCCUCUUCCUGGUCUUCUUCAUCCUUUACAUCCUGACUCAACUGGGGAACCUGCUCAUUCUGCUCACCGUGCGGGCUGACCCGAAGCUCCACGCUCGCCCCAUGUACAUCCUACUGGGAGUGCUCUCAUUCCUGGACAUGUGGCUCUCCUCAGUCAUUGUUCCUCAAGUCAUCCUAAACUUCACUCCUGCCAGCAGGGCCAUCCCGUUUGGUGGCUGUGUGGCUCAGUUGUAUUUCUUUCACUUCCUGGGCAGCACCCAGUGCUUUAUCUACACCCUGAUGGCCUAUGACAGGUACCUGGCAAUAUGCCGGCCCCUGCGCUACUCUGUGCUCAUGAAUGGGAGGUUGUGCACAGUCCUUGUGGCCGGAGCUUGGGCGUCCGGCUCCAUCCAUGGGUCUAUCCAGGCCACCCUGACCUUCCACCUGCCCUACUGUGGCCCCAGUCAGGUGGAUUACUUUGUCUGUGACAUCCCUGCAGUGUUGAGACUGGCCUGUGCUGAUACAACUGUCAAUGAGCUGGUGAUCUUUGUGGACAUUGGAGUAGUAGCUGCCAGCUGUUUCAUGUUAAUUUUGCUCUCCUGUGCCAACAGAGUCCACGCCAUCCUGAAGAUACGUACUGCUGACGGGAGAUGCCGGGCCUUCUCCACCUGUGGUUCCCAUCUGACCGUGGUCACAAUCUACUACGUUCCCUGUAUUUUCAUCUACCUUAGGGGCUGGCUGCAAGAGUCCUCUGGAUGGAGCAGUGGCUGUGUUUUACACUGUUGUCACUCCACUACUGAAACCCCUCAUCUAUACACUGAGGAACCAGGAAGUGAAGUCUGCUCUGAAGAGGUUAACAGUAGGGACUAAAAGAAAAUAAGUAACUACACCAACAUCAUCAUCACUACCACUCUUUCAGCUACCACUGCAUGUGA